CGGAGGCUGCCCGCCCUGCCGGCCAGAAGCUCCGCGCCGGGCUCGGGGUGGUCCGGGCGGGCGGAGCGACCCGGCGCAGCGCCUCCCGGAACCGGCCGGUCGCCACCAUGGCCCGGCUGCUCCUGCCGCUGCUCCUCCGCCGGGCGCCCGCCGCCUUCGCCGGCCGCAGCGGGACGCGGCGCUGCAGCCUCGGUGCCUGCGCUUCCUAUCGCCUCCGGGACGGCGUACACCCUCUCUGGCAGAGCCCGAUCACCAUCCCGGGUGGCAGCCGCCAGUCUCCGAUCAAUAUCCAGUGGCGAGACAGCGUUUACGACCCUCAUCUGAAGCCCCUGGAAAUCCGCUACGACCCGGAUACUUGCCUCCACAUGUGGAACAACGGGUACUCCUUCCUGGUUGAGUUUGAGGACACCGCGGAUAAAUCAAUCAUAACGGGAGGCCCCCUGGAGAACAACUAUCGGCUGAAGCAGUUCCAUUUUCACUGGGGAGCCGUCAACGAAUGGGGCUCGGAGCACACGGUGGACUGCAAGGUGUUCCCAGCGGAGCUACAUUUAGUUCACUGGAAUUGCUGCAAAUUUGGAAGUUUCGAAGAAGCUCUAAUGGACGAAAACGGUCUGGCUGUCAUCGGGGUUUUUUUGAAGCUUGGAGCCAAUCAUAAUGGCCUGCAGAAAUUAGUAGAUGCCUUGCCAUCCAUUAAAUACAAGGAUUCUCUGAUUGAACUGGAAGAGUUUGAUCCUUCCUGCUUGUUGCCUUCAUGCCCGGAUUAUUGGACUUACUCGGGAUCUCUGACCACCCCUCCACUUUCAGAGUCGGUCACCUGGAUCAUCAAGAAGAAAGCCAUUGAGGUUGAUGAAGACCAGCUGGAGGUCUUUCGGAUGCUGCUCUUCAGUCCAGCUGGAGAAGACGAGGAGAGGAUGGUGGACAACUUCCGUCCGCUGCAGCCCAUCAUGGAUCGAACAGUCCGCUCAUCCUUUCCAAAGCGCUUCUGGCAGGACCUGGAAAAGCCAGUGGAGGACCAGAUGUUCCAUGCCCACGAGCAAGGGCCCCGUCAGGACACGCUGCAUCUUUAAGCAGCUCAAUGUUAUUCUCUGCGCCCGAGAAGUACUUUAGCAUCAAGCUGGGGACAAGAUCCGUGGCUUCAAAGGGGCCGGGAGAUUUCUGGUCCUUCCCUCUUCCAAAAGACUGCGCUUGUAGUGUGAGCACUGCUUGGCCUCUUCUCCCGAGAACAGAACAAAGCUCCAGUGAGGGCUUCAGGCCUCACCUCUGCUGUCCAGGCACUUCCCCCCCAUCAGUAGGUGCUCCACUGCAGGAGCUGAACAGUUGGCUGAGGCCCCUCUGAGGAUCUCUAAGGAACCAGGAGGGAGACAGGAAAUUUAUGCAAUUUGACCAGGGCAGGAAUUUGUUUUGGUUUCAAGCUACUUUAACCCAGGUGCCAGGAUUAUAACAUCCUGACUUGCCGAUUGUUCUGGGAAUUAUAGUAUUAAUGCACCCGAGGGCCAUUCUCUUGCAGAAACCUUUUCCAGGUGGCCUAUCCCUCAUCUACCUCUAAUGGGUGCUCUAACUUUAUAGCAGUUCCUCUCCUCCCCCAGAAAUUUUCCUGUCUCUGUACAUACAAGAGGCUGGGGGUUAUUUGGGAUCUAGGAAACAAGAGGAAAACUUUCUCUGCUUAAAUCAGCAGAUUUGAAUGGAUUUCAGACUAUGAAACAACCAGGCGCGCUUAGAAGGAAAUACCUAACUUAGGCAUGAUACACGUUGCAAGGAAACAUGAUAGGAUCCGUUUCCUAUCCUAAAUAUGUGUACCGGCUGAUGCAUAAAACCUGCCAGAUUGUAAAUAUGCCUAUUUUUUUCAUUCUUUAGCACUGCGAUAGCCUUUAAAACACAAACCCUACAUAGAGCCUGCACAGUGCCUGACCCUGUGGAAAACAGGCAAUCCACUGUAGCAGCUUGCUAACCUUCAUUUGAGGUUGGUGAGUACACAAUAUGUGCCAUAAACUGACCAGGGGCAUUCAAAACUUGGUCAGCCCCAUAGGAAGACUUGUGUGUUAGCAAUCUUAACUUGUGUGUAUCAAAGCAGAAACCAACCAACAGUACUUUAAAAAGUAGUCUUACUUACAGCAUUGCUUCUCAAUCUUGGCAAUUAAGACGUGGACUUUCCUGGCCUUUCUGUUUUUCAUAUCAAAGUUUUGUAUCUUCCUCUACAUGUAAAAGCAUCAGAAUAGGCGGCCUGAGAGAUUCACAAAUCUAUUCGGCGUUUAUAAAAACGGUGCAAAAAGGAAGCUUAAAGCUGUUACGCAUCUUUACAAUAAAUAUGAACUUUUCUCUC